CCCCACGGGACAGCCCCCAGUUGAGCCCCGCCCCCCAGAGAGCGAGACCCCCCAUCCCUACCACCUCUAGGGGAGGGAGACCCCCCGGUUGAGCCCCGCACCCCCAGGGGAGGGAGACCCCGAGACACCUGCCUGCACCCUAGGGAGAGGCGGCUCCCCCUGCCCUCGGCCCCCCCGGGCCGGCCAUGCCUCGGCUGGAGGAGGUGGCCAACGUGGCACUGCGGGUGCCCAGCGUCGUCCUGCUGGAUCUGCUCUACCGCUGGGACGUCCAGGCCUUUGCCGAACUGCUCCGGGCCAAGCAGGAGGAGGCCCCGUGGCGCCGCCGCGCCCUCUGGCACGCCUACUACCUGGGCCACAUGCUGUGCGUGGUGGUGCUGCUGCUCCCAGUCAGAUCCCUGGUGAGACUUUAUCUCUAUGGCCUGACACUGCUGCUGCUGUUCGAGGGGCACCAGAUGGCCAGGGACUACAUGCGCCAUGAGAUGGAGUAUGAGUUCCAGGGGGCUGUGUACCAGGACCCUGUGGUGCUCAGGCGCUUCAUGACCACCCUGACAGGCCAGAUCUUUGUGAGCACGCUCUGCGCCCUCCUCAUGAAGACCAAGCAGGUGUGGCUGUUCUGUGCCCCGCUGCUCCCGCUGUUGGCCCGGUUCUGCGGCCUCCCCCUCCAGGCGCUUCCCGUGGUCAACACCUUUGCCACCUCCGUCACUGUGGUGGAGGUGCUGUACGUGGCCGCCUCCCACCUGCUGGCUCCCUUCCAUCUGGCCGCUGCGGUGUGCAGGGAGAUGGCUCAGGGACUGGAGAUGUACAGGCUGGUGGCACUGGCCAUGUCCCUCUGGAGCCAGCUGGCUAUCCCGGUGCUCUUCCUUGUCUUCUGGCUGGUGCUCUUCACCCUCCAGAUCUACUCUUUCCUGGCCUCUUCCAACAGCCUCCUCGCCCAGCAGGGGCUGCUCUUCAUCUUCCUCAGCAGCGUGGCAGAGUGCUGCGGCACGCCUUACUCCCUCCUCGGCCUGACCUUCACUGUCUCCUACCUCGCCCUGGCUGUGCUCAACCUUUGCAAGUUCUACCUGCUGGGCUACAAUGCCUUCCAGAAUGGCAACGUCAUGCACAGAGGGGUGACGGAGGGCGUGACACUGCUGCUGCUGGCUCUCCAGACGGGGCUGCUGGACCUGCAGAUCCUGCAGAGAACCUUCCUCCUCAGCAUCAUCCUCUUCAUCGUGGUGACGUCAACCCUGCAGUCCAUGAUCGAGAUAGCCGACCCCAUCGUGCUGGCGCUGGGGGCUUCGCAGAACAGGAGCCCUUGGAAGCACUUCCGCAGCCUCAGCUUGUGCCUCUUCCUGCUGGUUUUCCCCUGCUUCAUGGCGUACAAAAUCGCUCGCUUCUUCCACAUGGACUUCUGGCUGCUGAUCCUGGUCUCCAGCUGCAUGCUCACCUCCCUGCAGGUGAUGGGCACCCUCUUCGUCUACGCGCUCUUCAUGAUCGAACUGUUCCAGGAUGCGCCCCUGGAGAAGACGGACGAAAUCAUCUACUACGUCAAUGCGGUGAGCCGGGUGCUGGAGUUCCUGGUGGCCGUCUGCGUGGUGGCCUAUGGCACCUGGGAGUCCAUCUUUGGCGAGUGGAGCUGGAUGGGCGCCUCCGUGAUCAUCAUCCACUCCUACUUUAACGUGUGGCUGCGGGCCCAGUCGGGCUGGAAGAGCUUCCUGCUCCGCAGGGAGGCCGCCAAGAAGAUCAACUCGCUGCCCAGGGCCACCAGCAGGCAGCUGCGGGACCACAACGACGUGUGUGCCAUCUGCUUCCAGGAGAUGAACGUGGCCGUGAUCACCGACUGCGGCCACUUCUUCCACACGGGCUGCCUCCGCAAGUGGCUGUACGUGCAGGACACCUGCCCCAUGUGCCACCAGCCGGUGAAGCCCUCCGCCACCGAGGGACCACAGCCAGCCGGGGGAGAGCAGGCGGAGCCGGAGCCCAUCCCAGAGGAGGGGGCGCCUGAGAAUGCAGAUGCCGGGGCUGCGGGAAGAGCAAGGAGCCCAGACCCCAGCAGAACCGCUGAGGGCAGGGAGUCCAGCUGGCAGGAGCAGGAGAACCCAGCACUGGCAGAGCCCAGCAGGGCCGGACUGCUCCCAGAAGCUGUGCCCCAUGGGGAGGGCGAGCCCAUGGACCCCGCUCAGAGCAGGACUCCCCAGCCAGUGUCUCGAGGGGGCUGCACUCCAUAGCCGCGUGCCAAUCUGGGGCACACAGCCCUGCUGGGAACCCCGCCCCCUCCAGAGUGGGGCAGAGAACAUGGAGCGGAGGCAGGAGCCGGGGCCAGCACGGACUUCGACGGCCGCCACUGCCUCUCUUAGUGUUCAGCCUGCAGCGCCAGCCCCCCACCCCCGGAGCCUGGGCUGGCGCCUCCCUGCAAUCCGAGUGCGCAGCGAGUGCCAGGCACGGCCAGUGCCAGCAGAGAGGGCGUGACGGCCGCUGCCAGGCGGGGAAGUGUAACUCCCGGUGUCCUGCCCUGGAACACGCCCACUUAGCCCCCAGAGGACGGGCCUGAGUCGCCCUUUGGCACCUAUCUGCAGACUUGCUGCAGCUCCGGAGUCCCCAGUGCAGUGUGCCCACCCCGUACGCAAUGCCGGAGUGCCCCCUGCUGGGAAGAAGCAAGCAUGGCUUUUAGAAAGCCAGCAGGGCCCAGCCCAGCCCUGCUCUGGCUGCACAGAAACAACCGGGAGGCACUUGGAUGGCUCGGUGCUGUAUUAUGAACGGGGAUCACCGGGCUGGGCUCCCCACGGGUACAGAAUGGGGGGUGUUACGGCUGGCUCCCUGUCACUUGGCUGCUGCUGCUAAGCUGGGUGCCAGAUCUAUCUGGGCUCUGCCCCAGCGCAGGGGUUCUCAGCCAGAAGGCAGCCGGUGGCACCUGCCCUUUCCUUCUCUCUGCCGAAUUGGGAGAGGCCGAGACACCCUGGCCUGCUGGCUCUGGCAUCCUGCAGCUGCUUGGGACCAUGUGCAGGAAGGGGGAAGGAACCUGUCUGGGCAGGCCCUGUGCUCUCCAGGCCGGGCCUGUCUGCGGUGGGAGGUGGCCUGUUGCACCACUGCUAUUACAAGGCUCCUGGGGGGACCUCGGCACCUCCCAGGAUUGGGCCCUGGGCAGGGCAGUGUCCCUUUCCCUCUGCUGGUUCAGCCUGCAGCAUCCCCCGCAGAGCCUCUCCCUGUAACAGGCCGGUUCUGCUCUGAGAGGAGUUCACCCUGGCAGGGGAGGGGCCAGGCUGCUGUGACACAAGGGCGCAUCGCUGUGCACGAACAGCAGCCAUGUCUCACCCCAGAGGUGGCUGCAUAUCAGUGGUAGGCAAAGCAAGUACAGGCCGUGAAGUCUCCCCCAUUCUGUACUCUGCCCUCUGUGAAGUAUUUAUCUAGCACAGAUUGAUGUCCCUUUCCCAUGCAAGGCCCCAAGGGAAUGUGAUGGAACUUGAAUAGAAAAUCCCUUUCGUUUUUAAAGCCUCAGGGAUUAGUAAUUCCAAGGAAGCUGUGACUUCUACCGGAGAUGGACGGGCCUUCGUACAGCUGGGCUGGGCAUGUCUGUGCAGCGUGUAGGAUCCAUGUGGACGCGAGGUGUUUGAUCACUGUCAGCUCUCUUCCCUUUGGAAGGGACCCAAUCCGGCUAAGCAGCCUUAUUUGUGUUACCUUUGGGUGAUCAAAGCACCUGGAAUAUGCAGAUUCCCAUUCAAGAUGUGGCGCUGUGGGCUGUUUGCACUCGGACUGGCGACGUCCUGUGAGGUGGACACGGCAAACAGCACAGAGUGGCUAUGAAAGUGCAAUUAAAAACACGGAACAUU